AUGGAAGGUCGACAUUUCCCUCGAAGAAGAAACGAAAAAUUAAUCGCCAUCAAUACAAAAAUUUACGUUAAUAUUAGGGAGCGUCCUAUUGAGACGAAAGAAGUUCACUGCACCACAGCUUAUGAGCGUAAAAGUGUUAAUUUUCAAUGGACAGUGACUAGAGAAAUGGUGAUGUUGGAAGCGCAACAACCUUUCUCUUCGUAUACUUUCCCAGAGAUGAAAGCGCUCUUUGGCUUGAAGGCCGACGAUUGUAAUGAAUUUCUGGAACAUCCCAGCACAUCACAAGCGCCAAUGAAGCCACCCAUCACGAAAUUAUCCGAAAUCCGUGAAAGACUGAAUUAUACUCGAAUUUUGAAUGGUUCUUUGCAAAGACAAUUUAUGCUAAAGGAAAAAGAUUUUUUUUACGUAUCAAAUGAGGAGAUAGGUAAUGCGAUUGAACGAAGUUUAAAAUUUGAAGGUUUGGAAGAAGCUUGGAUCAUUUCACAAAAGAAAAAAAGUUUCAACAAUAAUUCAUUGGAAAAGAUCAAACUUAUAUUUGAACCUCCAAGUAAUAAUGUUUCGUUGAAUGAAGAGGUUUUGAAGAACAAAGCAAAAGAUUGUUAUGAAAAUGAUAAAGAAGGAUAA